CGCGUGACUGCGUACGGAGUUUGACGUUUCUAUCAAAUUCACUGUUGCUCGACGAGAACGUCGAUGAACCGUGAAAAGGUGCUUCCAGUCUGAUUGUGUAAUCGUAUAGGAUGAGCCAUGAUUACUCGAGCGAUUUAUUGAAGAACGUCCAUCAAGGUGUUCUUCCACCGGAACCUGGUACCAGUUUCUUGAUCCGUGGAAAUUACGAGUACUGGCACUAUGGUUGUGACGGUUUUAACGACAAGGGGUGGGGAUGCGGGUACAGAACGUUGCAAACAAUUUGUUCCUGGGUCAUUAUGAAUGGGAAGUUGGAUCAGUCUGUUCCUAGUAUCAGACGUAUACAGGAGAUACUUGUUGCAUUGGAAGACAAAGGAGAAUCUUUUAUUGGAUCAAGAGAAUGGAUAGGAAGCUUCGAAGUUUGUCUCGUGUUGAAUCAUCUGUACGAGGUUCUCAGCAAGAUCAUCCACGUUCCAAGCGGCGCAGCGUUAUCGGAACAGAUACCAGCAAUCAAACAACACUUCGAGGAAUUCGGUAGUCCAAUUAUGAUGGGAGGAGACAGAGAUUGUUCUAGUAAAUGUAUAGUAGGCAUUCACCAGGGUGCGAAGAACAUCUAUAUGCUAAUCGUUGAUCCGCAUUUCAUUGGCAGAGCGAAAAACAGCGAACAAUUGGAAGCUUAUCAUUGGGUGAAAUGGCAAGACAUCAAGAACUUCGUCGACAGCUCUUUUUAUAAUCUGUGUUUGCCUCAGGUUAAAUGUAUGAAUGGUCAGGAAUUAAAAGCGGCGAAUUGAUGUAAAUAGGUGGCUACAAACUUUUUUAAGGGAACUGGGAAAAUCAUAAAUGAAUAAUCUUAUCAUGAAAUAAAUAUUUUAAUAUAUCUCACUACAAAUGUCUAUUUUCCACUGUAACAGUUAAUACCUUAGAUGCCAAAUUUAAAUAUCUGUAAUAUAUAGAAUAAAUUACUUUUCGUGGUUCA